UAAUCUGUAUGUUGGAGCCCUACUGAAGAUUAACAACAAAGGCCUUCAACACAGUGACUCAGAAUUGUUCUUGAAGAUGGAAAACCAACUGGACAACUUGCCUCAGUCAGCUAGCCUCUCACACAUGGAACCAUACCUUGCCCAUUCAGUGAUUCCUGCAUCAAAGAUGGAGAGAGUCCCUGAAUCAGAUAGUGCCAUCAUGGAGCUUCUUGACCACAGAGAGGAAAUUAAGGAGAGCUCAAGAAUGGGCAUGCAUUCAUCUGAAAAACAGUCUGGGCUACAAGAAGGAGGAGGAGGAGGAGGAGGAGGAAGAAAGACAAUGAUGCCAGAAAAAAACAGCAAGCCAUCUAAGGCCACCAAUCUUAAUAUGGCUGGAAACAUCUUAGAGGACAAAGUGAUGACACGAAGGAAGAAACCUGUAUUGGUGGGAACAGGAGCAGUAGCAAAAGUCCAGAAAAAGAGUCGCAAGAAAGAGGAACACCAAAGCCGGACGGAAUUUGUUGUAGGGAAACCAAGAUGGAAAAAAGCCCUUGGGAAAACAGUUACUUAUUCCAAGGACAAGCCAGCAGAUGUCAGAAGAUCAGAGACUCCCGAGGAACCAAACCAAGAUGAAGAAAAAGCGGAUGCAAAUGGUGAAGUGGAGCAGAUCCGUUCUCUUGUAGAAGAAGGAGGAGGAAGAGAAGAAGAAAUGGGAAGCACUGCUGAUCAAAGCCCUCCUCCUUCCAGCCCUCUCAUGGAAGAACACCCCUUGCCACUUGAGGAAGACCAGCCUUCUGCCAAAGAGUUUCUCCAUCCUUCUAGGCCUCAUCCAGAUCUUGCUAAUGAGAUGGCCACUGUUUCCCAUCCAAUAGUCUCCACUGCAAAUGGGCCCCAGCUUGAUGCAGUUCAAAGCAGUGAGCUUCCAGAAGAUCCCCCUCAGAACGAAGAGGAGGAGAGACGAUCAUGGGAACAGAUAAUAGCCGAGAGGGCAGAGAAAAGGCGGCUGGCGGUAGAGAGAAGGCGGAGGGAGCAGGAGGAGCAGAAGCGGAAAGAGCAAGAGCAGCAGGAGCGGAUGGAGAGAAUGAAGGAAGGAAUGGAAGAGGAGCAGCGGAAGAGGAGGGAGGAGAUGAGUCUAAGGAAACAGCAGCUAGAAGAAGAGCGCCAGCGUCAAGAGGCGGAGGCAACAAGGCAGUGGGAAGCUGAGAGGGCAGCCCAAGAACGGGCAAGGCGGCAACUGGAGGAACACCGCAGGAAACUUCUAGAAAUGCAGAAGAAAAAGCAGGAGGAAGAACAAGAACGCUCAGAAGUGGAGAAGCAUAGACAGAAAGAAAGGGCAAUGUGGCUGGAAGAGGAACGCCGAUGUUUAGGUGAGAUGGCAGAAGAGCAGCGCUUGGAGUAUGAGACCAGGAAGUGGGAAGAAGAAGAGCGAGCGAGGCGUGAGGCUGAGGAGAGAAGGAAAAGAGCUGAGGAAGAGGCUAGGAUUGCUUUAGAGGAAGCGAGGAAGCUAGCCUUAUCACUGGCAAGACAAAGAGCAGCGUUGGAAAAGGAACAGCAAUUCCAAUAUAAGUUGUUUGUGGAAGCCAGGGGACUAGAGCGAGGGCAGGAGAUUUCACGUCCAUGGGUUUAUUCGUAUUUCCAGCAUGCUUUUUUAAAAGUGGGAGAUGAAGAUUAAACUGCGAGUACUUUCCCCCCCAACAACAUGCAACCAGGAAGCUGCCUUUUCUCAUCCUACCCCUUCAGCAUCCUAUUCCUCACUGUUAAUUCAGAGGCGGCUAUCCAUUUAAAUCCACACGUUAGAUGAGAACUGCUGCAUUCUGACUGGCCAUCUUACAGAGUGCAAGUCGAAAUGUAAAAGCCCUUUCCAAGCCCUCUUUAAGCAACAAGCAAUAGAAGAAAUGGCCUCAUCUGGACAACUGAACUAUUUUGGACAUUUGCAAUUAUUUGCUGGAAAGAAGAACUAAACCUUUCAUAAGACUGGGGAUCAGAGAAAUGAGCUGUUAAUGAAGUCUAAUGAAAGUUGCAAGUCAGCUACUCUCCUUUAUUCCAGAACAGGGAGAGAAAACCAGUGACCUGUAGGCAACAUGUCUGGGGCCUCAGCCAUUAGUAUCACACAUCUCUCUUUAGGUCAAGGAUGGGGAACCUGUGAUGCUCCAGAUGUUGUUGGACUCCAGCUUCCUUCAUCCCUGAACAUUAACCAUGCUAGUAGCAUGGAUGGCAGUUGGAGUCCAACAACAUCUGGAAGGUCACAGGUACCCUCUUUGCUCUAAGCAAUGCAAAGCCAAGCAGAGAAGCCCCCACACUCUUAUGUGUUCCCUUGUCCAUAUGCAAGGGACUAGUGUCACAAGGGGAUAGGUUGGGAAACAUAUUGUGAUUCUUCUUUCCAUGGCCAAACCACAGCUGUAGCAUGUUGGGGGUGGAGAGAGGAAGAAGAGUGACCCACAGAUUAUUUCCCCUUCCUUAAUUAAGUCCCACCUCUUGGGCCCCUUUUUUAUUGGAUAUUAGUAGUAUUAAACACUUAUCUUGUCCUUCCUCCCAAAGGGAGUCCACGGCGGCGUGCUCCCUGCAGUCCCACUCUCAUAUUGGUUAAGUCACUUCCUCAUUUUGUAGCUAGUGUCUUCUCUGAGUGCAGGCAGCUAUUUUCUGUUGCCUGGAGUCCUAGGCUGCUACAGAAGAAUAACCUUUAGCCUCCUGAGCACUAUGACAGUCCUCUCCUUUGGAGUGCAUGAAUGAUCUUGGGCCUGUAGAGCAAGGGGGUGCAUACAUUGUCUGUUUUUAUAUGACAUCUCUGUUCUAGGCCAUGCACUUGUUCCUGCAUCUUAGGGGUGCCAAAGGUGAGGAAGGCAGAAGAGAGAUCAACAGCAAGGUUCAAAGGCCUUUUAGAUCUGUUCAAGAUUAAAUUGUACUAAAGAAAUGCACUUUAUAGUGCAUUAUAUAGUAUAGAAAUGCAUUAAAGUUACCUAUAAUCAUAAUCAGAAAUAUAGAUGUGCCCAAGAAAUAAUCAGAUGAUGUGAUGGGGCAGGGAAGAGACUAUCCCUUCCCUUCCAUAAAUGGUGCCUUGCUUCAGAUUUUCUUGGUUCAGGUGCAUAAGGCUUUUUAUUCAAGAGCCACUCUAAGAAUGGACAUCAUGUUCUCCAGAAUGAUUGCUGCAGUGGGACAUUUCAAAGUUUCACUCACAUAAAUCUCUCUCAUUAGUUGCCAGCUUUUUGAUCCUGGCCCUCCAUCUUAUUUUAUUACAGAGAAUUUGUAGCGUGAUUUUAAAUACAAGAUUU